GUCUACAACUACAACACAAGUCUAAAAACAAAACAAGGCUGAUCCUUUGGGCUGGCUGAUUUCUAUAAAGUUCGUGCAAAGUUCGUUCUUAAUAGAAGAAUACCUUAUCUUCGAUUGUUUAGAUGUUUUUCAUUUAUCAAUAUUCUUUGUUAACUGUGACGACAGAAAACAGUAGCUUGCUUGUACCCAAUGACUUGUGAAAUAGUGAUAAGGAAAGCGCGCGCCGAGGAUGAGCCCUUCAGGGCGGCUCUGAUCCGCGGCAGCUUCGCCAGUUAUCAUCGAGAUGCCUUCUUCUUAUUCUUCUUUCAAGAACUGACGCUGCAGGCGGGCGUGCUGUGCGGCGCGGUGUUGUUCAUCUUCUGCGGCGCGGCGCUGCGCUCGCUGCUGCUGGUGCCGCUCGCGCUGGCGGCCGCGGUGGCCGCCAGCGUGUACGUCGCGCACGCCGCCCUCGCCGACAAACGAGUUCAGGAAAUGCGCAAGGAAGCCGUGGGUUUCGUAGCGGAGUACCACGGGCCGCUCCCGGCCGACCCGCGGCUGCUGCGGCCGGCCGUGCUGCUGGAGGAAGAGUGGACGCCGCACCACAAAGGGCCAGUGCACACACAGGUAGUAGGCACAGCGAGCGUGUCGGAGCUGUGGGGGCCGCAGCGCGCGGGCUGGCUGCACUCGCUCGCCGUACAUGAUGAUGAUGAUGACAGCUGGCGCGGGCGCGGCGCGGGCUCGUGCCUGGUGCGCGCGGCGCGCGUGUGGGCCGCGGCGCGGCGCUGGGCGGCGCUGCACGCGCGGCUGAGCGAGCUGCAGCCCGCGGCGGGACGCACGCUGCGCGCGGCGGGCUUCCGCGCGCGCGCCGCGGGCUGCCGCCGCCUGCUGGGGCCGCACCUCACGCUCGCGCUCUCGCAUCUCGUGCUGGACCUCGCCACUACUCAUGCUGAUGCCGAUGCUGAAUGUAGACACUGAUGCAAUCACAGACACGGGCCUUUUACAAUAUCCUUUGGGCACUUGAUAACAUAUUGACUUAUUUGAAUUUUAUGAAAGUCGGCAAAAGUACUGCAUAAUAAAAACUUAUUGACAUCUUUGAAAAGAUUUAUACAUAAUUUAGUACUUACAACGUAACAAAUAAUACCAGGAUCUUAACUUACAUUUUAAAAUUUAUGUAAUAAAAGAAAAGUGAAAAUUAGUUUAAAGUACACUUAAUUAACUGCCAUGUGCACAGAGAAUAGAAAUCAUACAUGAAUCUCCAAAUUUUAUAAUCUUUACAUUUUAUGCCAAAUAUAAAAUUGUGUAAUCUUUUAACUACCUUUAUAUAGAGUAGUAAAUAAAAACAGCAAGGCUGUGUCACGUAAGGCUGUAACAUAACUAGAAAGUAAACAUUUUUGUACCUACUAUUAUACUGAAGCAGUUAUCACACUAUCUGAUAUUUAUCUAAUUCAUAAAGUUUAUUGGCUGCUUGAGAGUGUGAUCCAAACAUCUUUUUAUAUUUAGUAGAAGAGGGAUUAAAGACGGCAGUGUCCAGGAAGUGCUUUAAUCAUUUCCGGAUCCUUAACUUAUAUUCUCGAAUUAUUUUUCUCUAAUGGAGAACUUUUUCAGAUUUUCUAUAGUGGAUAGUGUAAUAAUUGCUUCUA